GAUCUCAUCUUUCUAGCGACUGCAUAGCGCAGCGAGGAAAACCAGUAACUUCCUAUCAAACUUAUUAGUUGAAUCUCACGCGUAGACGCCAGGCCAAUAAGGAUCUUAAUCGGGGGCCAGUUCGCCUGAAGCGAAGAAAGGAAGCGUACUGUACUGGGCGUUACGGGGUUUGGACCCUGGGACCUUCCACUAGUUCAACAAAAGGAGGAAAACGUUAUGCAUUGUGUGACAUCCAACGAUUGAGGCAGAAAGGAGGAAAAGGGAGAUACGUUUAGAUUACGGACACGACUCCCUCGAACGGCCUGACCCAGCUAACGUUGCGCCAUGAAGGCUUGAGGAGGCCUCGUCCUUUGGGUUCCUCCUGAUCCAGAGAAGGCUGCCCAUGACUUCAGCCCCCCGCAUGCAGUCCUAGAGGCAGCGAUGCCCCCCUGCUAAGUGCCUUGUUGCCUCAGGCCCUGAUGCCAUGACCAGCCUGAAGCCUCCGCCACCGAUGGAGCGUGGUGGAUCGAUCCCUGCCACAGACGAGUUCUACACCAAACACCUUCGGAUGGUCAACGGCGGCGCCUUGCCCACGCGUUCUGAUAAUGUCCAUCCCCCAGGGGGCACGGGUGUGCCUAAGAUGGGAGUGCGUGCGCGAGUAGCCGACUGGCCCCCUCGAAAAGACAUGGCGAUGAGCUUGUGGCACCCCACGGAGGGCCAGAGCCCGGGCGCGCCGGGCGGCGGCGCCAGCCAGUCCCACAAAUCAGGCCUCUUGAUCAGCCCUCAGGACUCCUCCAUGCUGCGCAACAUCCACAACACGCUGAAGAACAGGACUCAGGCCCCGGCCAACAACUACAGCUCCGACACUCACUACCUGUCCCCGGGAGAGUACCGGGGCCCCGCCCACAGGAACCCGCGCCAGCGCCGCAUCCGCCAACGCAGCAACAGCGACAUGACCAUCAGCGAGAUGGAGGGCAGCGGGGAGAGCGGCGAGGACUGGGGCCCCGCGCCGGGCGCCAAGUGGUCCCCGCUGCACCGCGAGUACGGCAGCACGUCCUCCAUCGACCAGCACGGGCCGUCCCGGGACAGCUUCUUCGACAUGCUCAAGGGCUACCAGGGGGAGGCGGCGGACCAGCGCAGCGACGCCCCCGAGGGCCUGGAGGAGCUGCUGAGCGCCGGCCAGUCCACCGCCGACCUUCAGCAGGAGAACCUCACCGAGGUCGACGCCCCCAGGCCCAAGGACCGCGACAAGCCGCCCAAGAGGCGCUCCAAGUCGGAGACGGGAGGGGAGUCCAUAUUCCGCAAGCUGCGCAGCGUCCGCGGCGAGUCGGACUCGCCCAAGGGCGGGUCGGACGCGGAGGACGGGCGGUCGGAGGAGGCGGGGCCGCCGCUGAAGCCCUGGGCCAGCCAGAAGGGCUUCUCCCACUACGACGUCCAGAGCAUGCUCUUCGACCUCAACGACGUCAUCCAGCUGCGGCAGACGGCCAGCAAGAGGAAAAACACCACCACGGGCGCCUCGGCCGCCGCCGCCGCCUCGGCCACCUCCACCCUCUCCUCCACCCACAGCCUGCCCUACAGCUCCCCCGGCGGCAGCCAGGAGGAGCUGAACGCCAGGGACAGCCCGGGCCCCGACUCGGAGGAGGAGCAGAGCAACGAGAUGCUCCUCAGCUGCCCCUGCUUCCGCAACGAGAUCGGGGCGGACGGCGCCAGCCGGCGGAGGCUGGGGCUGGUGGGCGGAGGGGCGGGGGGCGGCGGCCCCGGGGUCCUGGCCGGGGAAGGGGGUCUCUACGAGACGGCCGUCAGCUCCCACUGCACCAACGCCGGGGUGGCGGUGCUGGAAGGCCCCAAGGAGGGCCACAGCUCAGCGCUCAGCGACAAGGGCAAGCACUACAUCGUGGAGCACGUGGACCUGGGGGCCUACUACUACCGCAAGUUCUUCUACAUGAAGGAGCACUGGAACUACUUCGGGAUGGAUGAGGCGUUGGGGCCUGUGGCGGUGAGCCUGCGCCGGGACAAGCUGGAGGAGGAGAAGGACCUGGGCCAGCAGUACAACUACCGCCUCAUUUUCCGAACCAGCGAGCUGACCACUCUCCGGGGCUCCAUCCUGGAGGACGCGGUGCCCUCCACAGCCAAGCACGCCACCGUGCGGGGGCUGCCCAUCAAGGAGGUGCUGGAGUACCUGGUGCCCGAGCUGGACGUGUCCUGUCUACGGCUGGCCCUCAACACGCCCAAGGUCACGGAGCAGCUGAUGAAGCUGGACGAGCAAGGGCUGAGCUUCCAGGUGAAGGUGGGGGUGAUGUACUGCCGGGCCGGCCAGAGCACGGAGGAGGAGAUGUACAACAACGAGAACGCCGGCCCUGCCCUGGAGGAGUUCCUCCAGCUGCUGGGGGACAAAGUCCGCCUCAAGGGCUUCCUCAAGUACCGCGCCCAGCUCGACACCAAAACGGACUCCACCGGCACGCACUCCCUGUACACGGCCUACAAGGACUACGAGAUCAUGUUCCACGUGUCCACGCUGCUGCCCUACACGCCCAACAACAAACAGCAGCUGCUGAGGAAGCGUCACAUCGGCAACGACAUCGUGACGCUGGUGUUCCAGGAGCCCGGCUCACACCCCUUCACCCCCAAGGCGAUCCGCUCCCACUUCCAGCAUGUCUUCAUUAUCGUGCGCGUGCACAACCCCUGCUCCGACAGCACGUGCUACAGCGUGGCCGUCGCUCGCUCCCAGGACGUGCCUUCCUUCGGCCCGCCCAUCCCCCAGGGCGUCACCUUCCCCAAGUCCACCGUCUUCAGGGACUUCCUCCUGGCCAAGGUGAUCAACGCCGAGAACGCCGCGCACAAGUCGGACAAGUUCGGCGCCAUGGCGACGCGCACGCGGCAGGAGUACCUGCGGGACCUGGCGGAGCGUCACGUGACCAGCACGCCCGUGGAGCCCACCGGGAAGUUCCCCUUCAUCUCGCUGGCGCACAAGCGGCGGGAGCGGGUGCGGCCUUACAGCGGGGCGGAGCUCCGCAGCCUGGGGGCGGUGACCUGGCAGGUGCACGCCGAGGACCAAGUGGCGGGCGCCGAGCGGGAGUGCCUGCUGGCCGUGUCCAACGAGUUCAUUAUCCUGCUGGACCAGGACGCCAAGGCGGUGGUGUUCAACUGCGCCACGCGCGACGUGAUCGGCUGGUCGUCGGGGAGCCCCGCCUCCAUGAAGAUCUACUACGAGCGCGGCGAGAGCGUGUCGCUGCGCUCCAUCAACAACAACACCGAGGACUUUGGCGAGGUGGUCAAGCGGCUGGAGCUCCUGACCAAGGGCAGCCAGACCACGGAGAUGACGCUGCGCCGCAACGCCCUGGGCCAGCUGGGCUUCCACGUCAACUUCGAGGGCAUCGUGGCGGAGGUGGAGCUCUACGGCUACGCCUGGCAGGCGGGGCUGCGUCCCGGCAGCCGCCUGGUGGAAAUCUGCAAGGUGGCGGUGGCCUCGCUGUCCCACGAGCAGAUGAUCGACCUGCUGCGCACCUCCGUCACCGUCAAGGUGGUCAUCAUCCCCCCCCACGAGGACUCCACGCCGCGCAGAGGCUGCUCGGAGCUGUACCACAUGCCCCUGGUGGACUACAAGAACCACAAGGAGGGCAUGCCCUACGAGUUCAAGUUCCCCUUCCGCACCAACAACAACAACACCAAGUGGCCGCGCACGUCUUCCAGCCCGCAGGCCCGCACCGGGAGCAUGGGGGGCACGCUGAUCAAGGCCCCGCCCCCCGAGUCGGAGGGCCGCUCUGCGGGGGUCUUGCCCCGAAGCGCGUCCAGCGACAGCCGGCCGGUCCACCCCAAGAGUGCCCACAGGUACUCCCCAGGCAACGACAACUAUGCCCUGGCCUGCUCCAUCGCCAUGGGCCGCUCUGCCCAGCCCAACGCUAACGCUAACACCCCCACCCAGCCCUACACGGACAGCAGCAGCAGCUCCGUCCACUGGAGGCAGAAGUCUAUGCCUGAAGGGUUCAACCACAACAACGGCCGCUCCCCGGGGUCUGCAGAGAGGCCGGUCAUGGGGGAGGUCCACCUCCUCAAGCCGGGACCCAGUGCUGGGGUGGUCUCCGCUUGGCCCAGGCCCGGCGAGGGGGAAACGGGUGGCCGGACCAGCCAGGAUAAGAGCGGGAUGGACACGGUGGCCUGCAAGGCGCCCGUCCCACGGCUGCAGCAGCAGGAGCAGAGCGGCCACAUGUCUCCCAACAAGAACAACAAGGCGGAGGGCCCGUACUCGUCCAGCCACUCCAGCAGCAACACGCUGUCCAGCAACGGCUCCAGCUCUCUGCACAGCGAGGACAAGUGGUACGAGGUGGGCUCGCGCGCCGCCGUGCGCAACGAGCUGGAGCUGGACGGCUACCUGCAGGGGGUGUCGGCCGACAGCGGCAUCGACGCCGCCUCCUUCACCGCCACCCACAGCAGCACCGCGUCCUCCGGCACCGCGGUCGCCACCGUCAACGCCGCCGCCGCCACCGCCGGAGCCUUCAGGGCCAACGACCACAGCGUGGCCUGGCAGAACCUGGGGCCCGGGGCGGCAGGGGCCUCCCCUCCAAAGCCCGACACCCUGGCCCUCAUGGGGCCCAACGAGGGCCCGGGGAAGACACCCUGCUCCCUGGCCCUGCCCGUGGACCAGGGCUCCAGUACCUUCAGUGACGCCGCCUCCCGCACCAGCACCCUGAGCUCAGGCAGCCCUGGCUCAUCCCCAGAGGAGCCCAGUGCUGUUCCCACCUCCCCUACCAACCUCUCCCCAGGGCCCAAGAGCUUCUACCCCCGCCAGGGAGCCACUUCCAAGUACCUGAUUGGCUGGAAGAAACCGGGCGGGACCGUAAACUCUGUGGACUUUGGCAACACCCGCAAACGUCACCAGAGCGACGGCCUGCUGGGCGGUCAGCCCCAGCUCCGGGCCAACCUGCGCGGGGCCCAGUCCCCCCUGCGCCAAGCCCCCAAGUCCAGCCUGGAGGAGGACCUGAAGAAGCUCAUCACCCUGGACAGCCCCCCACCCAGCACCCUGGAUGAGAAGACGCUGUUCCCCGGGCCGCCGCCCGGCCGCCGGUCCCUCCAGAGGACGCUGUCGGACGAGAGCAUCUACAGCGGCCAGCGGGACCACUCCACCGCCGCCGCCGCCGCCGCCCCGCGGGAAGGGGCCUCCGGGGACCUGCUCUUCACCUGCUCCACCGUGCCGCGCUCGCCCACCGCCCGCAACACGGCCAGCCGCCGGGCCUCCCACAAGUCCCUGGGAGACCUGUCUGGCCCAGAGAGCUUGUCCCUGGACCAGGACAUCAAGAGCCAGCAGCUACAGGAUGCUGUGCUGAUGCCACUUCCUGGAGCCGGGGCCGACGCCCCUCUGGACUGGGCCCAUCUGGUGGACGCUGCCAAGGCCUUUGAAGAGCAGAGGCUGGUGGUGCUGGCCGCCCAGGAGGAGAGUUCCAGAGCCGAGAGCACAGGGACCACCGUCCCCCAACAGGCCGAGCCGCAAGUAGCCUCAUCGAGGCAGCCCUCGCCCAGUGAGAGCCCAUCCUGUCUGAUGGGUAAGGUGAGCCAGCUGGAGUCCAUGGUGAAGCUGCUGCAGGACGACCUGAAGAAGGAGAUAGACGCAAAGGCGUCGCUCCAGGCCCAGGUCCAGGGCCUGCGGGAGGACAACCAGCGGCUUCAGGAGGAGUCGUACAACGCCUCGGCCAAGCUCAAGAAGUUCACCGAGUGGGUCUUCAACACCAUCGACAUGAACUGACCCGGCUGCCCCCCCCCGUCUCCCCACCGACACCCUGUCCCCCGUCUCCACCUGAUGCACAAAACCACCACCCCUUCUCUGGGGGCUGUGAUCACCGCGGCCCCCCCAGGGGCCGGAUCGGCCCAUCACAGGCUGCGUGUUAACACUUUGAACGGGCGCUGUCAGACGGCCCCCCCCCCCCCCCGCUGCCCGGCGCCUGCUCUGUGGAUGGAGCGUGAGGCCGCAGGAGAUCCUCAGAACCACCGUGUACAGUCGUGCUUUGUAUUGGCCGUUCGUCCGUGAGUCUCGUUGUGAGUACAAUCAGCACUUGGUUUCGGGGGGUUGGGGACCGAAGGGAAGGAGCUGGAGGUGCAGAACGAGGCCGUGAGACGGCCGGGAAGCGGCACGGUCUCGUGCAGGUGCCUGAUGUCAUGUGUAUGGCCUGCCCCCUUUUUGUGUGUGUGUGUCUGUGUGUGUCUGUGUCUCGUAAUCACAGAUUUGAAAGUGCUCCCCCUGCAUGUCAGAGAGAGAGAGAGAGAGAGAGAGUAAGAGAGAAAGAGAGAUAUAGUAAGUGAGAGAGAGAGAGAGACAUGCAAGGAAGAGAGAAAGAUGCUCAAACGCACCCUGGGGAUUUAGAGCGCUGGGCGUGAUGUCUGUGAUUUAUGUCCCCCAUCAAUUGCAAUUCCAAGUAAACAAAAUUCCCGGUGAUGAAUUGCCCGGCUUGACAUUGAGCCCAGGCGAGACAAGUUGCUGUCUCCGGUUUGUGACUGUGAAGCGUCGUCCGGGACGCUCGUGAUAGAAAGUGAUGCUUUAAAGAGAGAUUAGGUGAGUAGGUGCAGUGUGUGCAGUGUAGCGUUAACCACUGUGUAGAUGCGGUUUACUUUGAUGCCAGUUUUAUUUUUUUAACCGAUGCAUACGACACAGAUAGAAGAUGAUUGUCACCAUCCAAUAUGGCGUGAUGAUUUAUUUUUCAUUUUUAUUUUUUAUAGCGCUCAUAGAAAGACAGACUGCUUCCUGGUUAAUAAGAUUGAUAAUAAGAUAGUCUAUGUAUGUACGCAUACGAUCCACUGCAAGGGCCUGCCUGUAGAAAUAAAAAGGAUGUGUCUAUUAUAAUAUCUGUGUACGGAGUUAUAGAUUAUUUUCAUUGAGCUAAUCGAAAGAGUAUCGUAAGAACACAGAUAUACAAGGAACCAAGAGAAUGAUUUGCAUGAACCUGAAAACCAAGCGAGAUUUGUUGUGGAAUUAAUGUGUAUUGCUAUUUUCAAAUGGAAGUUCAGGCACAGCUACCCCCUGCUGAUUAGUGUGAAGAUGACAAAUGGGAUGAGCAACAAUCAUGCAGAUACGAAUGCCAUUCGUAUUGAGUUCUCCUCGGAUUAACAAUGUAGAUACCAUACCAGAAAAGAAAUAUAAGAUUAACAUAAAAAAUAAGUAAUUUAAUUUAUUAUUUUUAAUGAUUUAUGUUUCUCGGAAACUUCGAUAUGCAACUGUUUAAUGCCCUCGCCUUGACUGCUGCAGUGACCAGGCAUCGCCCCCUAGUGUUGGCUAUAUGUUAAUGCAACACUUUGCUGAACCUCUAUAAUGUCCAUAGCAUGCUACAAAGCCCAACGACAUCUGAUGCUCUAUUGAUUCAAUCGGUACUGUGAUGUGAUGUUCAACUUUAAAGAUUUUAAAAUGUUAAGAUAUCCAGUGGUCUGUAGCCGAUACAAAUUCUGCCUGUGUCCCUGACCCGUGAUCCGUUAAGGCGUGAAGAGAGCUAGGAGGACGGAUGGCAGCAGCGUUCUCCUUUUCUAAGCGUGUGUUGUAAAGACGUGUACAUAUACCAGAGGAACCUCUGGCAGUCAUCUGAAAUUUGCACCUUCAUACUUUUUUUAAAGAUUAUUUUUAAUGCAUUUCUCAUUUUAUUACGUAGAUGAUAUAGUGGCGAUGACAGGAAGGGCGAGCGAGGAGUAAGGCAGGAGGUGAGACCAAGAGCAUGAGCCGGACUCAAGUGCAAAAAUAAUUACACAAAAGAUAAAUAUAAAAAUGUAUGAACAUAAUACGGCUUGCCUGAGUCCCUCCACAACACAGAGAGGGGGCCUGUCCCUUCAUUCACAAUGUGUGUGUGUGUGUGUGUGUGUGUGUGUGUGUGUGUGUGUGUGUGUGUGUGUGUGCGUGUGUGCGUGUGCGUGUGUGGCAGCAUGUGAUUCUGUUUACUUUGAGCUGUGAUGUGUAAAAAAAAAAAUACAGUUUAUAUCUAUUAAAGAUAUUUUGUUGAAUUAUAACGUCUGUCUUGUCUCUAUUGCUACACUGCAUGCGGAUAAGCACUUUUGGGUGAACAUUUUUAUGGGAACCAAGAAUUUAAGAUUAUUAAUUGAAUGAAUGCUAAUAUGUAUUAGGCCCAUCCAUUAUGAGGUGGUUUGGCCUACAGGAGUCUGUCGGAGAGGGGGAGAUGUUGAAAACAAUGGCUGCAGCAGUGCUGGGAGUUCCAGCUUAAUGAGUUAAUUUACUGGUGAGGAUAAAAUCAUUCAAUUGUUUGAUUGCAAUCUGCCACCAAAUUUUAAAUCUGAACCUACAAAACAUUUAAUAUUUUGGCCUGGAUAGAAGCUCAUUAGCCUGAUUGAUUUGAUAUUAUAAUAUGCCUGAAAUACCAUAGGAUUUCAUAGUCAUCAAGUGUUGGCUAACCGCAGGACCAGCUAACGCACAGGCCAUAAAGAUGAUCCCCCUUGACUUGCCUCUCUCUCACCCCACCCCUCACUCUA